AUGUAUCGCCUUAGCAGGUGUUCUUUAUUACUUUCUGAUAGCCGAAAAAUUGGUUUACAAUGCAGAAAUUUCUUAGCAACUGAUAAUAAUGUGGAAAAUUCCCCUCUGAAUGGUAUUAGAAUUCUUGAUUUGACUCGAAUCGUAGCAGGACCUUAUUGUACUAUGGUUUUGAGUGAUUUGGGUGCUGAAGUUAUCAAAGUUGAACGUCCUGGUACUGGAGAUGAGUCCAGGAAAUGGGGACCACCAUUCAUAGGAAAUACUUCUGAGUCCUGUUAUUUUGUUGCUGUGAAUCGUAACAAAAAAAGUAUAUGUGUGAAUUUGAAGUCCCCAAAAGGUAGAGAUAUACUGUAUAAACUAGCUAAGAAAUCAGAUGUUCUUGUUGAAAACUAUGUUCCUGGAAAGUUAGAUGAACUGCAGUUAGGUUAUGAGGACUUCAAUAAAGUUGCACCUCAUCUGAUCUACUGUUCAAUUACUGGAUAUGGUUCAAAGGGGCCAUACAAACAUAAGCCUGGAUAUGAUGUGAUAGCAGCAUCUGUUGGUGGGUUAUUGCAUAUAACUGGACCAAGUGGAGGGGAACCAGUAAAAGUUGGAGUGGCUGUUACAGACUUAGCUACUGGUGGGUAG